CAGUCAGAUAAAGUUUUGUUUGUGGUCAUUGCAUAUUGUGGUGGUUAUAAAUCUGCUGGAAUUACUUACGUACUUUACAGAUUUACUACAUGUAAUACUCCUUCAUGUAUUUGUAAUCGUGUUUAAUAACAAUAUCUUUAUUUGAAACUAUAAACUAUGUGAUAAACAUACGAUACAAGACUUAAAACGCACCGGUAACCUAACUUUCAAGAUGACUGAAACAUCUUGCUACAUUGUCGAUAAUGGGGCUUACACAGCCAAAGUGGGCUUUUCUUCGAUGGAGCCGAAGAUAGUCCCGAACUGCAUCAUGAAGGCGAAGUCUGAAAGACGCCGUCCUUUCAUAGGAUCCCAGAUAGACGAAUGCCGAGACGCCUCCGGUUUAUUUUACAUUUUACCCUUCCAAAAAGGUUUCCUUAUCAACUGGGAUACUCAAAAAACUGUAUGGGACUACAUAUUUAGCAAGGAAUGCUGUCCUGUCAAUUUCAACGAGACUCCAUUGAUAUUUACUGAACCUUUGUACAAUUUUGCUUCAAUACAAGAAGCUAUUACUGAAAUAUUCUUUGAAGAGUAUGAAUGUCAGUCGUUAUUGAGGAUAAAUGCAACAGAUUUGGCUGAUUAUAACUAUCGUAAGGCCCAUAACAAUCAUUGUACAGUUGUAGUUGAUUCGGGCUACAGUUACACAUACAUUGUUCCGUAUAUUAAGGGCAAAAAGUAUCGAGAAGGGAUCCGUAGAAUCGAUGUUGGAGGGAAAGUGUUGACGAACCACUUGAAGGAGAUAUUAUCAUACAGGCAGCUAAAUGUAAUGGACGAGACUUACGUAAUUAAUCAAGUGAAGGAGGAUUCUUGCUUUGUUUCAGAGAAUUUUGUGGAGGACAUGGUGUUGGCUAGGAAAAAAGUUCCCGAGAACACAAUAAUUCGUGACUAUGUGUUACCUGAUUACACGUCGCUCCGGCGCGGCUAUCUCCGGGAAAUAGUUAAACCCAGUGAAGAAUUGGAACAGCAGACAUUACGGCUGAACAACGAACGGUUCUCCAUUCCGGAACUGCUAUUCCACCCGUCAGAUGUCGGUAUUCCUCAAAUGGGCAUCCCUGAAGCUAUCAUACAUGCAAUUGAUGCGUGUCCGGAGGAAAAUAAAGAGAAUUUACUGGAAAACAUCGUUUUGUAUGGAGGGAAUACGCUGUUCCCAGGUUUUAGAGACAGAGUGUACAAUGAAGUGAGGAGUUUAGCAUUAGAUCACUUUGAUGUGAAUGUAAUAUUGGCCGAAAAGCCUUUGACUUAUGCAUGGGAAGGCGGAACAAAGUUGUUCAGAGAUCCAGACUUUUACUCUUUUUGUAUGACUAAAGAGGAGUACGAAGAGGAAGGGAAGUCGUUGGCGUUCGAAAGAUUCGACAUUUAACGGAGGAAACGAGCGAGACAGGAGUAGUGCCGUCUCGUUCGUUAAAAGUGACAUUUUGAAGUGGAUUCUUCAAGUGUUAGUUUUAAAUAAAAUUGUAAGAUUAAUGAAGAUUUUACCUAUCUCAUGUGCAUAAUUCCAAAACAAUAUUAAUUGACUGAGCGAGCAAAGCGAGAGACGUCUACUAGUCAACUUCUGUAACACAAUAACUUUCGAACCAUUGGUCUGAUUUUGGUGAAAUUUAAAAGGUAUUUUAAAGGUAUGUAGGAUUUGUCAAUAGAAUUCUUAAGUUCGAGGGGCAACAUAAUUUAGAAAUAUUCACAACACAACUAUUUUGUAAAAAAAUAUUGUCUUCGCGAGGUCUAAUUUCGUGGCGAACAACUAGUUAAGUUUAAACAAUAUUUACAGGGGUACACUUCUACUGCUCCGCUCCCACCUGGCGACUUUCAUUGAAAAUUGAGCUUUAAAGGGUCUUCUUUCGACAUACUUUACAUUGACGAGAGCUGACAACAACCAGUGUGCUGAUUUGUUAUCAAUCUGCAACAAAAAGGGAUGCAGUUGUACAAAAGAAAAAGAAAUAGGACUUCCUUUUGUUUAACAUACCUGGAUCCCUUUUUGUAGUAGCGACAAAUUGCAAUGCUUUAUAUUCGUAAUAAUGCAAAUAUGUACUAUACCAUAGCCUUAAAUAAUACCUAGGUGUGUGUGUGACCUAGGAAUAUCAAUUUUAAUCAUUGUAUAAGUUACUAGAUACCUAUUGCCCGGGGCUUCGUUCCCGUUGGAAUUUUGAGCUAAAAUAUAUAUAAUAUAGCCUAUAGCAAUCUUGGAUAAUGUACCUUUCUAAUGGUGAAAGAAUUUUUGAAAUCGGUUCGGUAGUUUCGGAGAUUACCCGCCUCAAACAUACAAACUCACAAACGCUUACCUCUUUAUUUAAUAGUAUAGAAGUAUAGAUAUAAAAUAGAAAAACAUAUAAUUAAACAAUACAAACAUUUUCUUAACAUUUAUUAUAGAACCACAGAUAAUAAGAAGAAGAACAUUUAGUCAGCCUUUAGUCUGGCCCAUAUAUAGACGAGCUACAUAGACGAGGGGCAGACGUCGUCGAUAUUAAGAAUUUAGGCAUUAAACGUCUACAUAGGAGGUCACAGACUGGCACAUCGAAAUAGAACUUAUUCAAAUUACAGAUGAAAAGAAAAACUCAAUCCGUCAUUCAUGUUAAACUUUCGAGAAGUCAAUAGUAAAAUUCCCGAAAUUCCUGAAAGUCAAUCCAUACGACACUGCAAAUACUGAAACAAACUUAACGAAUAAUCAGUAUUAAAUAUAUCAAGAUGUGUAAUUGUCCAAUGACGCUUUGUUUGAAGAUGAAUCGAGUGACGUUUUUCCUUCCUCGCGUUGCUCGUAAUUUCUCAUCAAUGUCCUUCAAAGACCCGCGGAGCUUCUCCACCACGCCAGUGAUGAAGAGUCAACCACGCAGUUUAGUGAAAUUGAAGAAGUUGCAACAGGACUUUCAGUGUGAAGACGGCAGGCCCAUUUGGCUGAAAGCAGGAUUCACUGAUAGAAUCCUAUACAGCUCCACUAUAAUUGGAUGUUGGCUAGGCGUGGGUAUGGUAUUUCUGACGAUAUAUAAUCAUGCCAAACCCGAGUCUUGGAAGAAAGAAAGUGUUUGUUAGAUUUGGUCUAUUUUCGCGCUGGAAAUAAAUUUGGAUUUUACAAAAUCCCUGCAAGAUAUUGCCGUGACCAAGUUUCGAAGACACUAAAUAUGAUCAUAGUAUUAUUUUUAGAGUAUAAAUUUUACAUGCUUAGCUUAUUUAAUGAUGUGGCCGUGUUGAGUCUUAAAUUAUGUAAGAUUAGGUGAAUAAUCGGAAUAUAGAGUUGAAAUAA